AAGGGAAAUUCCCCAUUGGCUAAAAGGAAAAAAAAAAUUCAGCCGCGAGCCCGCAGCCUCCGGUCGCCUCCUCCGCCAUCUACUCGGAGCUCCCGGAUCGAGGGGAGCGCUCGCCGCCGCCGCAGCGACCUCGCCGGAUCACGGCGGCGGGGGCCGAUCGAUCGGAGGUCGGUCGAUUGCCUUCGGCGGGUGGGAGAUGGAUGGCGGCGUGGGAGGCGCGCACAGCUCGCGGAGGAGCGUGUCCUCGUCGACCGGAUCCAGGAGGAGGGCCGGGCCCACGGAGAACGGCCACCACGACGCCGCCGCUGCCGCCGCCGGCAGGAGGUCCUCCGCUUCCAUCUCCCGCGCCUCGCAGCAGUCGAUGACCGGGGAGAGGACCGUGAAGAGGUUAAGAUUGUCCAAGGCACUGACGAUUCCGGAUCACACAACCGUCUACGAGGCUUGUCGGAGGAUGGCUGCACGCAGGGUGGACGCUGUGUUGCUGACCGACUCCAAUGCUUUGCUGUGCGGGAUCCUUACUGACAAGGACAUAACCACAAGAGUAAUUGCUCGCGAAUUGAAGCUAGAAGAGACACCUGUUUCAAAGGUCAUGACAAGAAAUCCUCUCUUUGUUCUGUCUGACACACUCGCGGUCGAGGCAUUGCAGAAGAUGGUGCAAGGUAAGUUCAGACAUUUACCUGUCGUGGAGAACGGUGAAGUCAUUGCACUGCUCGACAUAGCCAAGUGCCUGUAUGAUGCUAUUGCGCGAAUGGAAAGGGCAGCCGAGAAAGGAAAAGCCAUUGCUGCUGCUGUUGAGGGUGUAGAGAAGCACUGGGGAGCUUCUGUGUCUGGUCCUAAUACUUUUAUUGAGACUCUUCGAGAGCGGAUGUUUAGGCCAUCACUAUCUACCAUUAUUUCUGAGAAUUCAAAAGUGGUGACUGUUGCACCAACUGACACAGUGUUGACGGCAUCAAAAAAGAUGCUUGAAGUUAAAGUAAGUUCAGCGGUUGUAGCAAUUGAAAACAAGCCUGGGGGGAUUCUGACCUCUAGAGAUAUUUUGAUGCGUGUUAUAGCCCAGAAUCUCCCACCUGAAUCUACUACUGUUGAGAAGGUCAUGACCCAGACUCCUGAAUGUGCCACGGUUGACACUCCAAUCCUUGAUGCCCUCCAUACAAUGCACGACGGAAAGUUUUUACAUUUGCCUGUCUUAGACAAGGAUGGAAAUGUUGUAACUGUAGUUGAUGUCCUUCACAUAACCCAUGCUGCAAUUGCAACUGUUGGAAACAGCGCGGGAUCUGGAUCUGAGGCGACAUCAGCUAUGAUGCAGAGAUUUUGGGAUUCAGCAAUGUCCAUUGGACCUCUUGAUGAUGAUGAUGACUCCAGAAGUGAAGGAUCAACUAAAGUGGCGUCUGAGGCAACAGAUGUAGGAAGAUCAGCUUUUUAUCCGGCUUCUGGUUUGUCCAACACAUUCGGGUUCAAGAUUCAAGACAAACAAGGCAGGAUGCACAGAUUUAACUGCGAAACGAGCAGCUUGACAGAGUUGAUAACCAGCAUUCUACAGAGGCUUGGCGAUGACAUCGAUAGAAAAAACCUACCACAAAUUUUGUAUGAAGAUGAGGAUCAUGAUAAGGUCAUACUUUCAUCGGACAGUGACCUUGUAGCUGCUGUGGACCAUGCAAGGCAAAUCGGUUGGAAGAGCUUGAAGUUGCACUUGGAUUACGCCGGUGUUGGUCGCCGGAAGAGAGGCGGUGGUGGCACUUCAGACUUCGAGUACGCUGGAAAGGAUGCGUGGGCUUCAGCCUACAGCGCUGUGGCUGCAGGAGCAGCUCUUGUUGCAGGCCUUGGCGUGAUGGCUUACCUGAAGAGAGCAGGCUAGGCUUGCAGCUUUGCAGUUGCAGAUGCAGAUGCAGAUGAGGCUUUCAUCUUGUGAUGAUGAUGAUACGAAAUGUUACAGAAUCAAAUUUGAGCAGAUUGGUGUGUAAAUUAAUUCUUGUGGGGAAAAAAAUCUGUAAUAAUCUCACGGCAGCGGAUGGCUGCCUACAUAUAAUGACGAAAUUUUCCGGUGGCUAAAAAAAUGUCUGGUAUUCAGCUUGUAUCGCCACUGUACAAUGAAGCAAAUGCUCUGUACUAUGUGUUGGGACAGUGUGAAUUCUUUUGCCGUUUGCUCGUUUGACAACA